AGAGUAACCGAAACAUCAGGAAAUGGAGCUGGGGAGAGGAAAACCUGCAUAACAACGAAAGAAAUUCAGGACUUAAAAGAAAUGAGUCAAACAUCCCUGAAACAGAAAAAGAAGAAUGAGACUGGAUCGAGGAACUCAAAAGACAGCUUAGACACAGAGAAAAGAAAGGAUUCUGAGAAAUCAGGAGUUCGUCUGAGCACUCAGAUGAGGCGUGCAGUCAAUCCGAAUCACUUGCUGAGAUGUUGCCCCAUGCGAGGUCACUCGUCGUGUAGACGCUGCCUUUGUGCAGCUGAGGGAACAGUACCUCUUGGCCCCUGCCGCACAAUACGUAUUUAUAUUCACAUGUGCCUGUUGUGGGAGCAGGGCCGGCAGAUCACCAUGAUCAGGGGAUCACAGGAAUUAUCAUUGCCAAAGACUGAUUCCCGGGGGUACGUUGUGCGAAAUCAGUGGUCCCGAACUUCACGUAGCCCAUCCACCAGAGCUCCAUCAGUAGACGAACCCAGAAGCAAGAACACCAGUCUUAAGCUCCCCAGUAGCUCCACAACCUCCCGGACUUCAUCCACCUCCCCCAGCCAGCAAGAGUCCCUGAAGCAGCUGUCAGAGGAGCCCUCGCCACCCACACCACCUUUGCCUUCCACUCCACCUAUGCCUCUGGACUCACAUCCUCCCACCCCGCCGGAGCCCUUUAGCUCCUCCAGGCGCAGCACCAAGAUGCACGAGAAUCCUGAAGCCUGGGCACAGGGCAUCGUGCGUGAAAUCCGGGACUCCCGGGACUCCAUGCCACAGAGAGAUUACCCGCGCACACCCCCCACUGAAUGGAAGGCCUAUAUCCAGCGCAGAUCAACCUACUCUUCCCAGCUAGAUCAGGACUGUCUGUCAGAACUGCCCCGGCAGCAUCACCAACGAGAGGAAGAGGAGGACGAGGACGAAGCCUAUUGGGCCUCGGUGAAAACUCUGUAUGAGAAGAUCCCCAGCUGCUCCCGCCCCCGACCGCCCAAACCCAAGAAUGCCAUCACUAUUGCUGUGUCAUCCAGGGCGCUUUUCAACAUGGUGGACGGGAGGAAAAUCUAUGAGGAGGAGGGUCUAGAAAAGUACAUGGAAUAUCAACUCAACAACGAAAAUGUCAUCCUGACCCCAGGACCCGCCUUCCGCUUUGUUAAGGCACUGCAGCAUGUCAAUGCUAGACUCCGUGAGCUGUAUCCUAGUGAACAGGACUUAUUUGAUAUUGUACUGAUGACUAAUAACCAUGCCCAAGUGGGAGUGCGGCUUAUAAACAGCGUCAAUCACUAUGGCUUAUUAAUUGACCGCUUCUGUCUGACUGGUGGAAAAAGCCCCAUUGGCUAUUUGAAGGCAUAUCUUACCAACUUGUAUCUUUCUGCAGAUUCUGAAAAAGUACAAGAAGCAAUACAAGAAGGCAUCGCCUCUGCAACAAUGUUUGAUGGAGCCAAAGACAUGGCUUACUGUGACACACAGCUCCGUGUGGCCUUUGAUGGGGAUGCCGUACUCUUCUCUGAUGAAUCUGAACAUAUUGCCAAGGAGCACGGGCUGGACAAAUUCUUUCAACAUGAAACACUAUUUGAGAAUAAGCCUCUUGCUCAGGGUCCCUUAAAAGGCUUUCUGGAAGAUUUAGGCAGACUGCAAAAGAAGUUUUAUGCCAAAGACGAACGGUUACUUUGCCCUAUCAGGACCUACCUGGUUACAGCCAGGAGUGCAGCCAGUUCAGGCGCCCGAGUGCUGAAAACCCUUCGCCGCUGGGGUCUAGAGAUAGACGAAGCUCUUUUCCUUGCUGGAGCCCCCAAAGGUCCUAUUUUGGUGAAGAUAAGGCCACACAUUUUCUUUGAUGACCACAUGUUCCACAUUGAAGGGGCACAGAAGUUUGGCACCAUCACAGCUCAUGUACCUUAUGGCAUUAAUCAAAAAAUGAACAAUUAGGGAUGGGGAGGAGAAAUAAAGCAGUAAGUCCGGUAUUACAGAAGCCACUUCUUGUGGAUCUCUAGGGUAAUUAGAUAGGUACUUCAGAAGAUUGGACCAGAACUUAGUUCAUUUGGAAAGGUUUCCUCUGUUUUUGUUGUUGUUGUUUUGUUUUGUUUUUGUUUUUAUUUUUGUUCUUGUUUUUGUUUAACAUUUUGAACACUUCAAGCUGCUUCUUUGAGCUCUCAGUACUAUUGAACACCAGUGCCCCUACCCUUGUGUGUAAGUCAUACUGAUGACUCUUUAGGAUAAGUUUAGAACUAGAAUGUUUGAACACUGAAAGGGCUAAAUCCAGUUAGUUUUACAAAGCAUUGCUCAUUUUUGGAUGUUAGUAGAUAGAAUGAAUUUUUACCCUUUCAUCAUUGUAGAAUAUUGGUCCUCAAAGAAGGAAAGAGUGGGGUUAAACACGCUCUUGAAAAUUAGAGUUUUUUAUUCUGUUGCCUCUGUGACCAGCUUUUUAGUCAAUGCAAAAUUAAAAGGUCACUCCACCUGCAUAAGUAUACCAAUUCUGACACUGCUUAUUCAAAAAUAAAUCAGCAAGUUAUUCAUAUAGGGCACUUUCCAUUUAAGAUGAGCUCCAGACAGAAGCUCCUGGGAGAGCUUCAAAGAAGCUUAUCUCUUGGGUGUGUUGCCGCUGGACCACAAGGCUUCAUAUUUGAAGUCUCUGGCUCUGGGCCUGGCAGGUAGGUCCACUGUUUACGUGGAAAAAAAAGCCUUGGCUACCACUUCAAAAUGUAACAUGAAGUGUAGUAUCCUAGUCUUUCACUGUUACCAUUCUUUUGUUAUUUUUGUUUUGUCUUCAAGAACAUUGACUGGUUUUUAACCAUACUCUAUUACAUAAUAGGCACAGUGAUCUGGUUAUUUUAAUGCCACCUCAUUUUCAUACAAACCAAAGGUUUGUAACAGAAUAGUAUUAAUACCCUCAUUUUUUUUAAUCAAUGAAGAACAUAACAUUCACAAAGAAAAAGUAGCUCGUCCAAUAAUGAGCAGCUAAUAAAUGGUAGAACUAAAAUUCAAAAUCAGGUCUUACUUCAAAAGCAUUAUUCUAUUUUCUCUGUGUUAUAUAGCCUUCCACAUCAAGUCCUUAUUAAUUCCAUGGCCAUAGGACCCUUCCUGAACAGAUUAGUCAUUCCAUUAAGUUCUAUGCUUAAAAUAUACAGCAGUUACAAAGCAGAUCUGGGGAUUUCCCUCCUCCUCCCCUCUUCAUGUCCUCUCUUGUUCCUUCUACCCCCACCUCUCUCUCCAGUGCACUCAUAUAUACAUAUUCCACCCCAGCUCUAGUUAAGGAAAACUGCUGCUGAUAUAUAGCUUUUGCUCUGCUUAAUUUGAUGUAAGCUAGUCCAAAACAUAUCAGUCCUG